GUAAGUUAAUAGCGAUGCUGCCACGUCAUGCUAGCUGGAGAUAGUGAAUCAUUUUUUUCUUCCCCCCGAAAAGCUGGGUUCCCUUCCCCCCAUGGCUGGUUUCUCAUGCAAAUUGUGCACCGCGGUCCCGUAUAUCCUGAGCAUGACGUGACUUAAUAGGUGCAUUGCAGUUUGUACUAUUGCUGUCAGUUAACCUGCUCCAAACCAGAUAACGAUUCUGGCCCUUUUUAAGGUGCCGUGUGGUCUGACAAUUUGUGACAGACUUACCCAUUACCAUUCCACACCCCAGUUCUCCUCUUCAAGCUGUUUCAACUCCAUUCACCUAUUACAGGAGCAUUAUGGCCGAUCAUAUUCCAUCCACCUCAUCUAUUGAGGCUCUUAGUGUCCGUCAAUUUGACUAUAUCGUCGUCGGCGGUGGCAUCGGGGGCCUAGUAGUGGCCCGUCGCUUAAGUGAUGAUGCCACCAAGACAGUUCUGCUUAUUGAAGCCGGCGCCAAUCGUACGGGAGACGCCAGAAUCGAUACGCCUGGUUUCCUGGGCACUCUAUACGGCGAUCCCAACUAUGACUGGGAUUAUAUAAGUGAGCCUCAGAAACAUGUCAAUGGGAGGCAGAUCCCACAACCACGAGGUAAGGUGCUUGGCGGUUCCAGUGCGAUCAAUUUCUCCGCCAUUCUGUAUCCCUACCGAAGAGAUUUUGACUCAUGGUCGGAGCUGGGGAACAAAGGAUGGACAGCAGACGACCUUGCGCCAUAUCUACGCAAGUUUCAUACCUACUCUGCACCUAGUUCCGAAACAGCCGCUCUCCUAUCGCUGGACUAUAUGGAUCCUAAGAGCCAAGGUGCCGAUGGACCCCUCCCAGUGACUUUCCCCGAUAUCUACGGCCCAUUAAACCAGUCUUGGCAGAAGACGUUUGAUGUGUUGGGUUGGCAGUCAAAUUCAGACGAUCCCAUUAAGGGAGAGAAGCACGGGGCCUUCGCAUGUCCCUUGUCCAUCGAUCCCAAAACCAGGGCCCGCGCGUAUGCAACGGCUUAUUAUAGCUCCGAUGUGGCACGGAGGCCGAAUCUGCAGUUGUUGACAGAGACACAUGUGGAAAAAGUCCUUCUGAAAAAGGGAAGUGAUGGUUCGAUUUCGGCAACGGACGUGCAGGUGCUGACCAAGGAAGGAGAGCACCACCAGAUCUCUGCCAGGAGAGAGGUCAUCCUGUCUGCCGGCUCCAUCAAUACACCUCAGAUCCUGGAGCUUUCAGGCAUUGGACAAGAGGAGAUUCUCAACAAACACGGUAUUCCCGUCGUCAUCAGCAAUCCUAGGGUCGGAGAGAACCUGCAAGACCAUUGCCUUGCCGCAGUCAGUUUUGAGAUCGCCGAUGGUCAAGCCUCAGGAGAUCUCCUGCGAGAUCCGAAUUUACUGCAGUCUGCGAUCAAAUCGUAUCAAGAGUCCCAGUCCGGUCCGCUCUGUGGCAUGCCUCUAAGUAUUGCAUAUCUGCCGCUAGUUGACCGAAAUGGCAUCGUGAGCAAGGAUGUGGCCGAGAAGUUGGUGCAAGAACAUUUGCAUACACCCGCAGACCAUCCCGGGAUUAAGAGACAGUACGAGGUUCAGCGCCAGACAUUUGUUGACGCGAAAUCAUCAACGGCUGAAUAUCUCUUCCUGCCAGCCCAACUCCGCAUGCAGCAAGGGAAGACAACCAUGGGUGAGCUACUCGCUCCAGCUCUUCCAGGCAACUAUAUCAGCAUCCUCAUCCUGAAUAAUCACCCCUUCUCGCGAGGAUCGGUUCACAUCCGCUCCGCCGAUCCGCUGGCGAAGCCUGUCUUCGAUCCUAACUAUCUCUCUCAGCCGAUCGACCUUGAGGUCCUGGCGCGCCACACACAGUAUCUGGAGCAGAUCGUCCAGACAGCCCCAUUCUCGACUCUGCUGAAGAGCCCAUCGAGUCGGAUCCCUGAGGAGGCUGCCGCGGGCUUCGAAGACCUGGAACUGGCCAAGAAAGUUGUCAAGGACCGUCUCUUCACCUGUUUCCAUCCGGCGGGGACCUGUGCCAUGCUGCCCAAAGAGCUCGGCGGCGUGGUGAACGACCGGUUGGUCGUCCAUGGGACAAAGAAUCUGCGCGUUGUGGACGCGAGCGUCUUCCCCUUAGAGCCGACGGGAAAUAUCCAAGCGACCGUCUUUGCAGUUGCAGAGAAGGCGGCUGAUCUGAUCAAAGAGGACAACAAGAAUUGAACCAAACCAGCAUGUAGUUAACGAGCUCAUAUCCCAUCACUUCAUACAUAAGCGAAGAUAUAUCAGACUACUACCCAAAUUAGGAAGUACAAUAAAACAAUGGCCGACAGAAGCAAAGUAUGCCGUCAUUCCGGACAUAUCGCUGCUGUCGUCCCGACGAUAUUAAUAUCAAUAUUACAAUCAAUGUCUGCGUCUACAAUUGCGUGGCUUUCCCGUCAAUUCUUCCCUUCUAGCUACUGUGCUUUCCUUCCAUGACAUAGCUUCGUAUCAAACUCUACAUAAGGUCGUUCACUAUCACAAUUGACUCUCGCAAAACUCAAGGACC